AUGGCCGCGAUUUACACGAAGUUGGUAGUGGUCGGGGACGGGGCUUGCGGCAAGACCUGCCUGCUGACUGUCUUCAUCAGGGACGAGUUCCCCGAGGUCUAUGUGCCCACCGUGUUCGAGAGCUGGGUGGCCGACAUCGAGGUGGACGGCAAGCAGGUAGAGCUGGCGCUGUGGGACACGGCUGGCCAGGAGGACUACGACCACCUGCGGCCGCUCUCCUACCCUCACACGGACGUCAUCCUCAUGUGCUUCUCCGUGGACAGCCCGGACUCCCUGAAGAACAUCACGGAGAAGUGGGUGCCCGAGGUCAAGCACUUCUGCCCCAAUGUGCCCAUCAUCCUGGUGGCCAACAAGAAGGACCUACGGAACGACGAGCACAUCCGCAACGAGCUGGCACGGAUGAAGCAGGAGCCGGUGCGGACCGAAGAUGGACGGGCUAUGGCCGUCCGUAUAUCCGCCUACGAGUACCUGGAGUGCUCCGCCAAAACCAAGGACGGGGUGAGGGAGGUCUUCGAGGUGGCCGCCAGGGCGGAGCUGCAGGUGGAGCUGGCGCUGUGGGACACGGUUGGCCAUGAUGACUACGACCGCCUGCGGCCGCUCUCCUACCCUGACACGGACGUCAUCCUCAUGUGCUUCUCCGUGGACAGCCCGGACUCCCUGAAGAACAUCACGGAGAAGUGGGAGCCCGAGGUCAAGCACUUCUGCCCCAAUGUGCCCAUCAUCCUGGUGGCUAACAAGAAGGACCUACGGAACGACGAGCACAUCCGCAACGAGCUGGCACGGAUGAAGCAGGAGCCGGUGCGGACCGAAGACGGACGGGCUAUGGCCGUCCGUAUAUCCGCCUACGAGUACCUGGAGUGCUCCGCCAAAACCAAGGACGGGGUGAGGGAGGUCUUCGAGACGGCCACCAGGGCGGCGCUCCAGAAGAGGCACGGCCCGAGCGGGGAGUGUAUGAGCUGCUGCAAGCUCCUCUGAUCCUGGAGACUAUGUGCUGGUACCCACCUGAUUCCAGGACGGGGACCCCCAGACUUGAGCUACUUUCACACCUGCGUUCGGUGCGGAUCCAUCUUGUAGCUGCACAGACGGAUCUGCACCAAUAAUGCAAACGCU